UCCCCCAUCCCACCUCCAAAUACCAAAGACGCUCCCUCGACAACCGUAAAACCAACAAUCAUGGCCAACGAUUCCACCCCCAACACCGCAGCGGCCAAUACCCCGACCGGCGAACCUACCCCAACCGCCCAACUCCGACCCGGCGGUGCCCCGGCCCGAGUCUACAUGAACGAGAAGAUCGUCCCGUAUCUCCUGGAGGGAAUGAAACAUGUUACGAAGGAGCAACCACAAAACCCGCUCCGCGUACUCGGCGAAUUCCUGAUUCAGAAGAGUAAUGAGGUGGAAGGGGCAAAGUCGCCUGAAUAAAUCUUUUCAGUCCAUGGAUUAGAGACUGGGUUUAAGUUAGGAUAUGUGGGAUCGAAUUUAUCUCGCUUGAAGCGGGAGGAUAUUGCGCGCUGGUGGAUUCGUCCGCGUCCCCGGAAAGAACGGAUAUUACAUUUCUACCGGGUAGCCAGUCAUGUGCUGUAUAGCUGGACAGGAUAGAUGAGCCGGGAUGGAGCAUGGGAAAUUUGAAAGCCGUUGGCCGUGGUGUGUCUACUGCUGCGCAGGUUCGGGACUUGACAUUGAGGAUAGUUCGUUUGUGGUGUUUAGGGUGGUUUGUGGUGUUUUAUUCUUGGGGUUAGGGAUUUUAUGAUACCAUCUUUUUUGAACGUUAUCGGUAUGAGAGAAUCUAGUUUGGUUAUUAUCUAUAUAUUUUGUGUGUGUUGGCUUUAGAGGAUUGGUGUAUGGGUUGUGGAGGUGUUUCGUUGGAGAGUAUUGGUUUUGGGGCGUGUAGAUGCUAUAUGAGCUGAGAUAUAUAUAUAGUUUCAUAGAGAGAUAUAUAUAUAUUUUUUCGACGGGGCUAAG